CACCUGCCGGCGCCCGUAAUUCCGACAGCACGUGAAGGCGGCACUGUGCUUCAUAACAGUCGUGCACGUGAAGAGGACCGGGUGUCAUGGCCGCGCUGUGCAGAGCAAAGAGAGCCGUGGGCUUCUGUCUCUCUGCUCACCGCAGUUUUUCUCAGUUGGCCGAGCUGCCAGAGACUCAUCAGCUGCUGAGACAAACCUGCAGAGACUAUGCUGACCGGGAGCUGAGCCCCAUCGCAGGGAGGCUGGACAAAGAGCACACCUACCCCAGCAAGCAGAUCCAGGAGCUGGGGGCCAUGGGGGUGAUGGCCAUCGAGGUCCCAGAGGAGCUGGGGGGGGCCGGCAUGGACUACCUGGCCUACAGCCUGGCCAUGGAGGAGAUCAGCAGAGGCUGCGCCAGCACCGGGGUGGUGGUGUCCGUCAACAACUCUCUCUACAUCGGGCCGAUUCUGAAGAACGGCACCGAGGAGCAGAAGAAGCAGUGGAUCACACCCUUCACCACCGGGGAGAAGGUGGGCUGCUUCUGCCUCAGCGAGCCAGGUAACGGCAGCGACGCCGGUGCCGCCUCCACCGUGGCCCGGCAGGACGGAGACGAGUGGGUUCUGAACGGGACCAAAGCCUGGAUCACCAACAGCUGGGACGCCUCCGCCGCCGUCGUGUUCGCCACCACGGACAGGAAGCUCAAGCACAAGGGCAUCAGCGCCUUCCUGGUCCCGAUGCCCCACCCGGGCCUCUCGCUGGGGAAGAAGGAGGACAAGCUGGGCAUCAGAGCCUCGUCCACCGCCAACGUCAUCCUGGAGGACUGCAGGAUCCCGCUGGGCAACAUGCUGGGGCCGCGCGGCGCCGGCUUCAAGAUCGCCAUGCAAACCCUGGACAGCGGGCGUAUCGGCGUGGCGGCUCAGGCCCUCGGCAUCGCUCAGGCUUCUCUGGACGUCGCCGCGGACUACGCCCACAAACGCACCGCCUUCGGGGCGCCCAUCGGCAAACUGCAGGCCGUGCAGUUCAAGCUGGCCGACAUGUCCGUGGCCGUCGACAGCAGCCGCCUCCUCAUCUGGAGAGCUUCUCUCCUCAGAGACUCGGGGAAGCCCUUCACCAAGGAAGCGGCCAUGGCCAAGCUCGCCGCCUCCGAGGCCGCCACCUUCUGCUCCCAUCAGGCGAUCCAGGUGCUGGGGGGGAUGGGCUACGUGGCCGACAUGCCGGCCGAGCGGCACUACCGCGACGCCCGCAUCACGGAGAUCUACGAGGGCACCAGCGAGAUCCAGAGGCUGGUCAUCGCAGGCCAGGUGCUGAAGGAGUACCAGCCCUGAGGGGGGGUCGGGGGGGGGGGGCUCUGGCCCCGAUCUCCAGGCCGGCCGGUGGAGACCUUUGACCUGCUGGCGCUUCCUCAGACAUCGCUGUCAAGAUUAACGUCCACCAAUCAGAGAGUAGUAUUCUUUGUUUUCAGGCUUCUUCAUGAUCAAAGUAUUCCAGCAAUACUUUUUCUAUAAGAAUCCUUCUGCCCACUUUUAAUCAUCAGAAUCUGCAAAUAUCGGCAUGACUGUUUUUACAUGUUUUCUUUUUUGACUCCACGGUGCGUUUGGGUGUAGAAGAAUCUCCAUGUUUUAAUGUCUCAAAGUGAAGCGCUGUGAGCUUCCUGUGACCAGCAGAGGGCGCCGCAGGUCCUUCAGCUGCUGCGUCUCACACCAACUAUUAUGAAUUCAACCAGUGAUUGUAGGUGAAGAUGGUGGUGUGGGGGGGGGGCCUUUAGUGCCUCAUUAACUUGUACAUAUUUGUGUAUAUGUAUGUGUGCACAUGAUAAUAAAAAAGAAUAAAAGGACUUUUUUUUAAUCUUGAAAAAAAUCAUGCUAAACAGUGUUUUCAUAAAACGACAUUAAUAAACUAUUUAA